UGCGCCCACCUCACAAACACGAGUGCUGACGAGGCUUCACGAAUGCUUACUUGCUUAGAUCAAAUUAAGUUCAGGGUGCAACUUUGCAGUUUGUAUAACUUUGCGACUGUUCGCGACAUCUUCGAGUCGUUGAGGUGAUCGUUCGCGCUGAUUUUCACAUCGGUGGAGCUGGAGAACUCCGACAAACUCCAACCCCAAGGAAACGACGGUCGAGGUUACGGAAGGCGAUCCGGAGACCGCAAUCAGACCCGUGGAAUCGGAAUGGCUGUCACGAGACGCUACAUCGCGGCGUGCAUGUUACUGACGAUACUCUCGUUGCUGGUAGAGACAGGACACAGCAUACAAUGUUACCAAUGUAACAGCACCAGCACCAAGUAUCCAUUUCAAUGUAAUGAAUUCCUGACGAGUGACAAUGAUCUUCAGCCUAGAUCAUGCGACGAUGUUUAUGCAGCGCAAUAUUGUGUCAAGCACAUAGGCCGCUUCGAGGUGAUGACCUUGGAUUGCUAUCAAUGUACAUCGGCGGAUGAAUGGAAAUGCAUGGAUAGCGAAUUGGUUAAAAAUAUCUUGGUGCCGGCAAAUUGUAGUCAUGUGUACGACGCACGUUAUUGCAUCAAAUCAAUCGGCCGUUACGGAGGUGGCAUUGGUACAAAGCGAUUUUGCUCGUCCGUGCACAUGGGGAAUUAUUGCGACUAUGUGAAACAACCGGGUGACAAGCUGACUUACCGCACUUGCGUAUUCACAUGUUCCGAAGAUGGAUGCAAUUCAGCGAUAUCUUUUAUGCCAGAUAUAAUGUAUACAUGGAUCAUGCCAACGAGUUUAAUAGUAGCCUGGAAAAAGCUGUUUCACAGGUAGAAGCUUCUGUGAGAGGCUUGACGAUUAGUUAAGAAUUUGACAAAUUUAUUUCAUUAUGUCAAUGAAUUUCUAAUGCCUUUUUUUACUCCUUUUUAAAUCGCAAGUAUCAAUUUAUACUUAGAUGCUAAUGUAAAAUAUUAAAUUUUGAUCUUGAUAUUAGAUUUCUUCUGCCAAUGACAACUCAAAUAUCACGGAGUAUGAUGCUUAUGAGAUAUUUCUUAUCAAUAUCAGAAAAUAUAAUCAAUUUUAAGAUCUUUUUCGCAACUUUAUAUUUCAAUCCUGUGUAAUAGAAUUGUUACUUUUAAUUGAAAUAUUUUAUCAUGAUUUUAUUAUUCAUUCAUAUUUUUUGAAACUCAAAUUAUAUUCUUAUAGGAUUUAUACUCCAAUAAUUCGUUCACAUGCUGUGUUCGGAUAUACACUGCCAAUAUUGAAAUUCUAUGAUAUACGUACGUAAAUUAUAUUUAUUGAAAAUAAAGUUGCCAAAAAAGAUCGAAGAUAAAUUUCAAAAA